GCAAUAUUAGGAAGGUGCUUCGUCAACGGCAGCAACCCCGGUAUCGGCGGAUUCGGUUCCCAUGCUGUCCAUUACCAAUCUCGAGCAAUCAGGAUAGCAAUCACCAGGCUCUUCUUGGAUGGCGAGAUACGGUACUUGGAAGUUCUCUCAAUCCCAGGCACCGAACGAGACAUUGGACCAAGCAUUGUGGGAUUCCCGGUUUAGGCAGGUCCUGAAUGGAAUUCGAGACUACAUGGCCCCGGGGCAGUGGUUCCCAAGGAGCCUAUUGUAAUCAGUAUGCAUGCCAUUCCCAUCUUCUCCGGAUCCGACCUCUUGACUUUCUCGGCGCCACUCUUGGCUCGUGGUUAUUCUCAGUCCUUUGCAAAUAUUAGGUGGCACCGCUAACACCAUCUGCAUCCGUCAUGGCUGCCGCCGAGCCUCGCGAGGCGGCUCGGACCGAGUCCGGCCCGGACGUCAUGUCCUUUCCGGGUGAAAAGCAGAACCCCAAGGUCCAGGAUGAGGAGCAUGCCAUCACAAACGAGAAAGCUGCCAUCCAGAAGGAUGCCAGCAACAUCGAUUUACCAACCUACGACGCGCGGGAGGAGGACCACUUUGGGGAGAAAGAGGUCAUUACUGACGCCAAGGGGCUUAUAACUCACGUUCUCCAUGUCGACGAUAACCCGUCCCUUAGCCCAUGGACAUUCCGGGCCCUCUUCCUCGGGUCUGGCUUGGCCAUCUUUGCGGCCGUUCUGCAGACAAUAUACUACUUCAAGCCACAAGCCAUCUACGUUAGCGUAGUCUUCCUCACAGUCAUCGCCUACAUUCUUGGAGAGAUCUUGGCAUACAUCCCUCGCCUCGGCCCCGUCGGGCGCUUUCUGAAUCCCUUUCCUUUCAACUCAAAGGAGCAUGCCUUCAUCGUCGUCAUGGCAUCCUCGGGCGCCACCACCGCCGUUGCUACCGAGAUCCUGGCCGCGCAGCGCCUGUACUACGACAUGGAACCCAACACCGGCGCCGCUAUAUUCCUCGUCAUCUCGUCACAGCUGUUGGCGUAUGGAAUUGCCGGUCUUCUGCGAAGUAUCUUGGUGCAGCCGACCAAGAUGCUCUGGCCCAUUAAUCUUCCUGUCAACUCGCUGAUGGAAACGCUGCACCGAGACCGCACCGAGACCUCGAGGCGAGUGAAGGUGUUCUUGACCAUCUUCUUAGUCAUGUUUUGUUACGAGAUAAUUCCCGAAUGGAUCUUCCCACUCCUGCAGGGGGUUUCCAUCUUCUGUCUGGUGCAUCAAAACUCGCUUGUUUUCACUAAUCUGUUUGGCGGCUCCCAGGGAAACGAAGGUCUCGGAUUCCUGUCCGUCAGUUUCGACUGGCAAUAUAUCGCCUUUCUGGGCUCGCCGCUGUGGGUACCCCUGUACACACUCACCAACAGCUGCAUAGGCUACCUUCUGUGCAUUGUCCUCUUCAUGGGCCUCUACUACGGCAAUGUCUGGGAAUCGCAGAACUUCCCCUUCAUGUCCCAGCUGCUGUACGAUGGCAGCUCCAACUCAACAAACUUUGUGACCUAUAACCUAACCCAAAUCUUGACCCCUGAACAUACGAUCAACAGCACUGCUGUCGAGGCAGCUGGCGUUCCGCACAUGACCGCCACGUACAUCGCCUACCUGAUAACGACAAAUAUGGGUAUCACGGCUGCUUUGGUUCAUAUGCUGCUGUGGAACUACGAUGACAUCAAAGACGGAUGGUCCUUCCUCGCUCCUCACAACCUCAAGAGAGUUCUCGACCCGUCAUUUUGGCGAUUCUGGGAAGCUCGCGAGUCGCAGGAAGAUUACAAGAGACGAGUCCUGGCCGACCCGGACAAGGAUCCUCAUUACAAACUGAUGGUGCAGAACGGCUACCGAGAAGUGCAACAGUGGUGGUACUUUGGCGUGCUGGUGGUGGCUUUCGCUCUUGGAAUGGGGACGUUGUACGGGACCAACUCGACUCUGCCAUGGUGGGGAUUCAUACUCGCCAACCUCUUUGCCGCCAUCUUCAUCUUGUUUUUCGGUGCCCAGAUGGGAAUUACCGGGUUUCAGUUCAAUCAGCAGCCUAUCCUGCAAAUGUUGGCAGGAUACAUCCACCCGGGAAAGCCCCUCGCAAACAUGUACUUCACCGUCUUCGGGUUCAACGGUGUCCAACAGGGCCAGUGGCUUCUGCGCGACCUUAAGCUGGCACAGCUCGCCCAUCUGUCGCCUCGUUCGACCUUUUGUGCACAGAUGCUGGGCACCAUCAUCGGCGCCAUAUUCGACUAUAUCAUGAUGCAGAGUAUCGUGGAUUCCCAGUUCGAGGUUCUGACCUCGAUCGAAGGGUCGAAUGUCUGGUCGGGACAGAAUGUCCAGCAGUACAACACUCUCGCCCUCGCCUGGUCCAUGGCUAGCGAUAUGUUCAGCGUUGGUGCGCGCUACCAGAAGACCAAGAUUCGCGUCUUCAAGUACAUCAACCUGAGCAUCAUCCUGAUGAUGCAGUGGUACAUGGGCUGGCUCUUCGUGGGCGUCAACUCGUCCAUCCUCAGCUACUUCGCAGCCGGAUUCUUCGCACAACUCUAUCUCCGCCGGUACAAGCCCGAGUGGUUCGUCAAGUGGAACUAUCUUACCUCAGCUGCUCUCGACGGGGGCACUCAGGUCCUCGUGUUCAUCCUGUCCUUCGCCGUUUUUGGCGGCAGCGGUACCGCACACAGCUUCCCUACCUGGGCCGGUAACAAUGGGGGUAUCGGCGCGGGUAGGAAUAUCGACUACUGCAUGUUCAACCCGGCCAAUGCUUGAGGUGACGACUCAACAAGCUGGGAGCAGUGACACCCUCUUGCUGCUGGAGUACGUGACUUCCGACCCGGCGAUGGUGUGGCUUCUGAGAGUCGCAUUGUCUCGGGUGUUCUCUGCGUGUCCGGGCGUACUCCCAAACUGGACAAUGGUGAAGCUUCCAGUUAGGGAACGCUGCACAAUACAAUGUCAUGUAGGUAGUUGAGCUGUCAAGCUGCACGGGUUAUACCGUUACAAUACAUGUAUGUACACAUGGAAAUG